UUGAAUGCCCAGUUCAGAACGUUGUUCUUCAGUCUAAACGACUGAUCGUUAGUUGGAAGUUUGUUGAUAAACAUCUUGUUUCUCUUUAUAAAAACAUGGAACUGGAAUACAGGGUUGGGGUCAGCGAAAAUAAUUUAAUCGUAGGACAGAACAAAACGUUAGUUGUACCUUUCCAACCGGGUACCGGUAACAACUUUACCAUUUUAGAAAUUUUAAACUUUCUAGCCAACAAAAAAUAUGUUGCUGAAGUACAGGUCUGUUCAAAACAGGAUUGCAUAAAUCCGGUACAAUCGAAUGAGUUCUCUUUUGAAAGGCUUGAUCCAGUUUUGCAGAUAACCAAAGCAUCUAUUUUGCUUGAAGAUUCGUGUGUCCGUGUCAGAUUACAUUGGUCAAUUGAGGACAAAGAUAUUGUUAUGGUUUAUUAUCAAUGGACUUUAGCUCGGGACGCAGAUGGUCGGAAACCUCUUCUCACGUGGAAAUCCAUUACUAAUGAUUCCAGCGAAAUAACGGUUGAAGACUGUGUUGUACUGCCCGUCCAUGGACAUAUUUCCUCAUAUGCUUGUAUAAAUGCAUACUCCGUCAGCGGACAAUCAAUUAGACGCUGCAAAAAGCUAACAGAAUUAGACUUUGGAACAUAUGAUGCAACUGUUGUUUACGACUUUGAUACUGGAUUGGAUUCUUGGAUGCAAAUUCAAUCGAUAAUUCAUAGUUCGGAUGCUGGCGACAUGUAUACGUUCUUGCAUGACAACGAACUAGACUUUGGUACUAGUAAGUUAAGGCCAGCCGCAGCAGUUAUGCACGCAAAUGAGCGUUAUGUAUCUUGGUAUUUGAUGACAUCACGGCAUGUACCCCAUGAUUGCUACACAGAUGUAUCGUGUUUAAAAGAAAAAGUCACAACGGAUGGUUUUGCUGUUUUCGAAGAAGCCGAUGUGUUCGUUGACGCUACAUUCUAUGUGUGUGCUUUCUCAAAUAAGACAGUAGUUGAAAGGGAAUUGUUCACUGAAUUACUGGACGAAAUUCAGUCUUGCAGUGACGGAUUUAUUUUAGACGACACUGCUCCCAUCCCUGGGAAUAUUCAUAUCCAAAACGUAAAUGGGUAUUUAACUGACAUCGAACAUGUUGUUAUAACAUGGGAUCCGUUUUUUAAAGAAAGAGGCGCUACUCUUCUUGGAUAUCCAGAAAACAUACAACAUUACGCAAUCGGUGUUGGCUCCAGUCCCAACAGAGACGAUAUUAUAUCGUUCCGUAACACGGGACAAGAAACGACUGCCGUGUUAUCUUUAAUUGGCAUCGCUGAUGGCACUUCUGUGUACUUUACUGUAAACGGAUCUGACCAUUUCGGGCUUUCGUCAGUGGCUGUUUCAACGGAGUUUGUUACGGACACAUCAGCACCAAAGGAAGGGAAAAUACACUUUGAUCAACAACAUGCGUAUUACAACGGUGACACAAUAAGUAUACGUCUUGUUGGUUUUCAUGACGAUCACAGCGGAAUAAGUCAUUUUAAUGUCGGAAUCGGAUCAAGCGACAGCACGGUGGAUGCAUUACCUAUGACAAAGUAUUAUUCAGAUACUUUCAACAUUGAUCUUCAUGAUUCAAAUAUCCUAGAAGGCUAUGAAUACUUCGUUCUUCUGCAGGCGAUCAACAGGGCAGAUAUUCCGAGUACAAUCGUGUCAAAACGAUUUAUUUUAGAUAGAACACCACCUUGUGGAGGACACGUUUUGGAUGGAAACUGGGAAAGCAAGAUUGACCUUGACUAUCAAUCAGACAUAUACACGAUCCAUGCACACUGGAAAGAUUUCUCAGACAUAGAAAGCCACAUAGACUAUUUCAAUGUAGGACUUGGAACAGACCACUACGCUACAGACGUUCAGUCAUUUAUAAACGUUGGACUGAAGCAAGAUAUAAUUUGGAAUGGUCCGUUUAUCCCAGGAGAGAAAUAUUACGCAACAGUAGAAAGCUGUAAUAAAGCUGGACUCUGUACACAAAGAUCGUCAGAUGGAAUUAUAUUGGACAACUCACCACCAAUCAUUGGUCGUGUACAAGCCGGGUCUAGUGUACGACACAGCAGAUAUUUACCGUUAAACACGUCACUGAGAUUACAAUGGGCUGGAUUUGAGGACCCUCAUUCAGAUAUCGAUCAUUUUGAAGUGUGUUUAGGACGUCAGAAAAACAUGUGUGACAUUGUUCCUUCAUUCAAUGCCCUUCUUCAGUCUUAUAUGAUAAAGUCGAAUAUAUCUCUGCCCAUAAAAACGCCAAUUUUUGCAACUGUUUGGGCCUUCAAUGGAGUCGGGAUGAACGUUUCAAGUGCAUCCGAUGCGAUUCUCGUGGACAUAACAGCACCUUACAACAAAAUAAAGCCUUCAAUAAUGCUUGAUUAUAACACAAUCAAGGACAAAACCUCUCAAUGGGAAAAGUCGAUUAUUAGAGUGUUUUGGGAUUUUUUAGACGACGAAAGCUCGAUAUAUAGUCACGAGUUAUCCCUCUUUACACAUCAUGAAGGACACACACCAGUUGAAAAAGUACAUCUCGGAUCCGAAAAACAGUACACCAUUAACUUAGAUGGAAACAAUUGGCUGCAUAAUGGUGACACAUAUUUCGUUGUUAUUACUAGUUGUAACGCGGCAGGGCUAUGCUCAACAGAGAGAACAAACGAUAUUCUCAUCGACUCAACUCCCCCACACCAGGGUGGACUAAAACCACAAAUGCUUUGGGAAAAUUAUAGAGAUACCAGUGGACUCCACUCCACUGUUUCCUUGACUUGGUAUGGUUUCUACGAUCAGGAAUCUAGUAUAGAUAGAUAUUAUGUUACUGUUUCAAGGUAUUUUAGCAAGCAGGAACUGUCCGGUGGUGUCCUCAUCCGAAACCAUGAUAACACAUCAGACGAACAACAUGGCAAUUUCACACUUACAGAAGCGUUAAACCCUAACGAUCUUAUAAUUGUUUCUGUCUGGACUGUAAAUAGUGUAGGAUUAAACAGCUCGGUUGCACGUGUAUCUCUAUUUUCAUUGUCAAGUAUGCCAUCUUCCGUUAUUAUUGAAAAUCAGCGGGGAAUACUCGAACUCGAGAAGCACUCUUGUGACGUUCAUUUUUGCAACAAGGACUGCACAUGCGCUGUAGUUGGAAAACCAUGCAAUGCAGUUGAAACAAAUAUGUCCUGCGUCGAGAUUGAUGCAUUUAACACGACUGAUAGCGACUUGACAAAGUUUGCAGUUUUUGGAGGCCUUCAGUUCCAGCCUUUAACUUUAACGGCCUCAUCAGCUUGUCUCGCCGGUCACUGGAUGCAGAUAGAACACUCGAGAAAGGAUCCAGACAUUCAUAGAUUUGAGUGGAGUAUUGGAAUUCAUAAUCAACCGUAUGGAGAAGGGGUUUUCGAUUUACAAAAAGAGUUCCCCUGGGUUGAUAUAGGUUUGCGACAAGAAUUCGUUCACUGUCUGCCAAUUAAUAGAUCGCUUGUCCAUGGCGAGCUCUACGACAUUUACGUAAAAACAUGGUACGGACCAAGUGCAUUCGCAAUCUUUACGUCUAAGCCUAUUAAGGUUGAUCAAACAUCACCAAGUUUGCGUAGAGGACGAUAUAUCAUUGAAGGAAUUGACGAUUGUGCAACAGAUCAUGACUUCAUAGACUGGACCGAUGAGAUUUCGGCUUGUUGGUCCGGAGUCUUUAGUGAGCAACAGAGUUAUAUACAACAUUACUUGGUUGCUUUAGGAACUUCACCGAACGUCGAUGACGUAUUUGCAUCAGAGAUUAUUGGAUUGAACACUAAUAUUUCCAUUGGAAAUCUGACUUUGGAGCACGCCGUUAAAUACUAUUUUACUGUCACAGCUGUGAACACGGCAGGGCUUCACACUUCGUUAUCGUCAGACGGUUUCAUAGUUGAUACGACCCCACCGACAAAUGGCGUUGUUUUUAAUACAAUUACGCAUAGGAACGUUGCAUACCAAUCAUCCGUUACCUCUCUGGGACUUUCGUGGCAUGGGUUUCAGGACCAUUGUUCAGGAAUAAAAAGUUACUAUGUUGCUGUGGAAAAUCAGGAGUCAUCACAUUUGUAUAGGAAUUUCACACUUAUUGGUCUCAAAACGAGCGUUACAUUCAAGGAUGUAGACUUGAUUCCUGGAAGCGUUUAUUACGGAGUGGUCAAGGCCAUUGAUGCCGCGGGACAUGAAAGUGAUGUUAUUGUUUCCCCAGGGGUUAUUAUCGAUCCUACUCCACCCAAAGGCUACGACUGUAUCCAAUUUGAAAACAUUGUUGCCAUUGAAUUAUUAGAGAACUCGGAGGAUACUUGGACAAAGACAAUUGUUGCGCAAUUAGACAAAGAUGCAAUAUACAGAAUAGAAGGAUCUAUUGAAAAUGCUUUUGUAGAUUCAGUUAUUCUUCAAAUCAAUCGUUUCAUGACCAGAAUUCCAACUGUUCUGAAUCAUAAACAAUUUUCUGAAUUUUCAUAUACUUUCAUGCCAAUUGAAAAUAGAACCCAAAACAUUACCAUCAUUGUUGAAAAUCAUAAUAAUUUCAAUAACAUCUUAAAACAAAUUCAUUUACAAAACUGUACGUCUUUCAUGGAAAACAAGUCAAAAGCUCUUCAUGUUCGGCAAAUAAGACAUGAUUCUGUAGCUGUUACUGCUAUGAUUAAGGAUAAAGAAAGUGAUCUGAAAAAGGUACAAAUUGGUGCCGGUACAACGCCUGGAGGGUUUCAAAUUCAGCCAUUAACUGCUAUUCAUGCUGAUAUAAUGAGUGUGGUUAUCAAAGGCCACCUUGUGCAUGCGAUGAAAGUAUAUACGACAGUUAUUGCUGAGAAUCAUGCAGGCCUGAGAUCAGUUUUCCAGUCAACAGAACCAAUUAUUAUUGACCAUACUUCUCCGCUUAUCACCGAUCUUGAAGCUUCAGCAACGGUAGUCUUUGUAAAUAAUUCGGGUGAGAUCGCUUCGAGAGUGAAGGUUAAUGCAACCUGGAAUGUGCUAGACGACGAGAGCGAUAUUAAUCAAUGUACUUGUUCUAUUGGAAUGCUUCCAAACAAAGACAAUGUACAAGAUCAGUGGUAUGCAGAUACUCUGUCAUCGUGUGAGUCGAACCUCCUGCAGCUUAAACACGGCGAUAAGGUGUACGUCAAUAUCAAAUGUGUCAAUAAUGUUGAGCUAGCAACGACAACAACUGUAGCCUCCAAUACCGUAUCCAUGGAUUUCAUUACUUCAAACCAAGUAACAGUUAACAUUCUACCAGUUAACGAAGGUGUGUUCAGCACAAUACCGAUUACAGAAGGUCCAACUAAAAUACAAUCAAACACAACAUUGGUGCAGAUCAGUUGGUCAGAAUUCGAAGAUACAUCAGGUAUUGACUUUUACGAAUAUUGCAUAUCAGACGACAGAAAUACUACCAUCGUAGACUGGACAAAUGUUCAACUGAAGACAGUGGCAAGUGCUCGCGGGCUAACACUACACAAUUCAGAAACAUUGAGUGUAAGCGUCAGGGCAACAAACACUGGGCAACAUAGAAGUGAGGCCGUCCACGCUUCCUUAUUCACCAUAAGUGAACCUCCGGCUUUGUCAGGAAGCCCAAUGCUUGUAUCUAGAAAUGAGCAUCAUAUUCACAUCAACUGGGAACAAGCAUUCGAUACACUUCCGGAAAUUCCAGUUGUUUAUAGCCUCGUUGUGGGAUCAAAAGAAGGAUUCACCGACAUUCUGGAUAUCAGCUGUUACACCGGACAUACGUAUGACUUUGUGGCUCCGUCGUCAACGAUCAUUUCUCCGAAGAUAGCAGAGUUGUUUAUUACUGUAACAUGUGCUUAUCCAACAGGGAUUUGGAGCGUAUACAGGACAAUAUUCACCAUGUAAUCAUGUAAACUUGCUAGUGACAACGCUUUGUUGUCAUAGUGGCAAAGCUCGUGUGUGUAUGGGUGUGUGUGCGUGUGUGCGCGCGUGCGUGCGUAGGUGCGUGCGUGUUAUUUUUUCAUAUUACUUUCAAUAUAUUUAUAUCAAUGCUUUAUUGAAGUGUGAUUUUGUUAUUCUGUCUUAUUUCUACAAUCGAAAUAUGUCCCUUAAGCAUAUAAUUUAAUGCAGGCGGGA